AGCUGCACCAGAUCCCUCCCUUACUCUGAACCCUACGCAAAACCCUAAACUCUCUCCUCUCCAGAAAUCCCAAAAAAAAAAAAGGCCAAAUCGAAAGAUCCUAAACGUCCAAUGUCCGCCGCAAGGUCCAUCUUCCGCUCCGCCGCAAGCCGAGCAUCGGCCGCCGCGUCUAGAUUCUCCACCGGACCCAAGCCUAUGCCUUCAUCUGCACGGUCCGCGUUUCGGAUGCCUAAACAGAGCCCUCUUUCAAAUCGCAUUUUCAGAUCUCCGGUAGAACUAAGCUGUUGCGUGGAGACGAUGCUCCCGUACCAUACUGCCACUGCUUCCGCUUUGCUCAAUUCGAUGCUCUCUGUUUCACGCCGUGGUUGGAUCGUUGAUGGGCUAGACGAGACUAGAUGAAGAUCCAUCAACAAGAGUGAUAUUGCAAUGAUGAUGUAUGAUGAAUUACUGGGGAGAGGUCAGCGAUGCAUGCAGUCUAAGACAAGGUGGUGGUGAAAUGAAAUUUUUUUCUUGGGUUCCUUGAACUUGAUCUUAGGGCAGUUUGUAGAAAGAAACCAUUAGAAGUGAUAAUAAUCGAGUUGUGUCUCU